GCGAGCGAGCAUGGCUGCUUCUCUGUCUUCUCUUUCUCCUCGAAUAUCUCUUCUACUCCUCCUCUUUUUGGGCGCGUUCUGGUUCGUGAUCGAGGCGCACGCUUUGGGAGAAAUUUCAGGGCUCAAAGGUGUUGGUCCAGGCGAUCCAGUGCUGAAUGUCAGUCUUAUUCCUCUCGUUAGGAAGCAAUCUGUUCAUGGGGUUAAGGAAGUUAUAUCAUGUGAACGGGUUCAAGUUUCUGGUUAUUCAAGAACGAAAAUGGGGAAAUAUGCCAAUUCUUUUAGGGUAAAAUUAGCUCCAACAGCAACAAUUCCAGAGAGACUACACAGUAAAAUUCAGGCUUGCUUCCACCGGAAUGCUUCACUUGGAAUGUGUGAGUGUGAGAAAGAUGAUUGGAGAACUCUUCAGAAGGGGCUUUGGAGCUCUGUCAUGUCACCAUAUGAUAAAAAAUACAUUGAUGUGAAGUUUGGUGGUGAAUCAUCUGGUUCAGUUUCCAUCUCUGUGGAAGAAGAUUUUCAGCAAUGGCGUCUCGUAUGUCUCUUGAUUGGGUUCAUCAUGCUUUUGAUAGCCCCAAUCGUCAGCAGCUGGCUUCCAUUUUACUAUAGCAGUUCAAUGGCUGUUGGGGUUUUCCUCGUCAUUCUAAUUCUUCUUUUCCAGGGUAUGAAGUUAUUGCCUACUGGAAGAAAAAACUUCCUGUAUCUUGCAUUCUACGGAUCAGUGUUGGGAGCUGGAUCUUUUAUUCUACAUCAGUUCUCAGUGAUGGUGAACAUGAUUCUGAUCAGUUUUGGGCUGAGCGAAGACAUGUACAAUCCUGUUGCAGUGCUUGUCUUUGUGGGAAUUAUCAUUGCCGGGGCUGCUUUAGGAUUCUGGACAGUGAGGAAAUUUGUGAUUUCAGCAGACGGAGGUGUUGAUGCUAGUGUUGCCCAAUUUGUGAAAUGGGCAAUGCGUACGAUUGCAACCACGUUCAUUUUUCAGAGCACUCUUGAUACCCCUUUGGCGAUGGGAGCUUUGGUUGCAUCUAGCGCCUUCUGCUUUCUCAUCAGCAAGAUGACGUGGAAAAGGUAUCUGAAAAAUCUUGAAUAUCAGACACAUCGGCAGCUCGUAUCUGGAAAGAAACUCGCUAAGCAUGGACGAGUUGAAUUUCUUAGCAGGUCGUCUCAACUAAGCCCUGGAGGAAGACUAUGGAGCAGUCCGAGGAAUGUACCUUCCUUCUCCGACUCACCUGUUGGAGGUAUGAUUUCACCGUCAUCCUCUGCUAGACGACGCAGAACAAUCCAGCGGGAUUUCUAUUCGACAUAUCACAAGACACCGAACAGGAAGAAGUUCACAAAGAAAGAGUGGGAAGAGUUGACACGUGAAUCGACCCGGGAAGCGAUGGCGGGACUUGCAGCUUCCCCUGAAUUCACUGAUUGGGUCAUUGAGCAUGCUGACAGGAUCCAGCUUCUUCCCAGCGAAAGCUCUGACGACACUGUGGGAAGUGAAUCGGAUUCUACGGGUGACGAUGUUUUUGAAAAGUGGAAACGCUUCGGCUUGUCGGGCUGGUAAGAGCGUUCGGGUUUGAGCCAACUUCAUCUACAUUCCAUAGGUCUUCUCUUAUCAUGAUCUCGACAUAGAUAUAACUUAUCGAAAGAGCUGUAUAAUCGAUUUUGGUUACCUCUUUACUGACGUCUAACAUCAUCUAGAUGAAAAGGGUUUAAACGGUAUAGAGGGUUCAAAGGUUUAGGGUUUAGCUGCUUAGAGCUUAGGUUCUUUGUUCAGUUUUUUUUUUUUUUUUUUUUUUGGCGCUUUGGCUUUGAUGAAAUUUGUGUAUCAAAUCCAAAAAUUGUGGGCGAAUAAGAAAAUAUUAUUUGGAUAUUCAUUUCA